AUGUGGGUUUCCCAUCUCGAUAGGCUACCAACAAGGUCAAGGUUAGUUUCAUGGGGAAUGCAGGUUUCUCCUCUUUGUGUCCUAUGCUCCAGAGAGGUUGAAACCCGUUACCACCUCUUCUUAUCUUUUCCUUUUAGUCGUGCUAUAUGGGACAAGGUGUUUCUGAGGCUCAAGCUUCUCCCUCGCCUGUUUCAGUCCUGGAAUGACCUUAUCCAUUGGAUGUCGACCACAAUUACAACCUCACCAUCAGUUCUGAGGAAACUAGUGGGACAGGCUACUGUCUACGCGAUCUGGAAACAGAGGAACAACAUGCUUCACAACUCUCAGGUGAUUCCCUCGCAAGAAGUCUUCAAGCAGAUUGAACGAGAGAUUAUCAACUCUAUCACUGCCAGAAAGCAGAGCAAAAAAUUCAGAACCCUCAUGUCCCUUUGGAUUAUGUAA